AUGACGGAAUGGCUGAAUGAAGGUACCCAGUUAAUCGAUUUCGAAAUAUACAAAGGGGUGGGAGGUUUUGCCACUGUAUUCGAAGGUACUUUACGGGAUGGAGUGAAAGUAGCCGUCAAACGAAUUGUUGUAGGGGAUGCCGCAACCAACGAACAAGAAGAGAAGGCUCUAAAAAUGUUAAAUCAUCCCAACGUCAUCAAAUUAUUUCACGUGGAGGAGGACCUAGACUUCAAAAUGUUCGCACUUGAAUUGUGUGAUGCCUCAUUGGACCAACUAUUUCUGAAAGAAAAAGACCCCAAAAAAUACAGUGGCCCGAUGCCACCACAAAUAGAAGUUCUUCUUCAGUUGGCUAAAGGACUCGAGUACAUUCAUCAAAUGGGAUUAGUCCAUCGUGACAUCAAGCCACAUAAUGUACUUAUACGUUUGGAUUCUACAACCCAACGAGUGGUGAUGAAGUGGGCUGACUUCGGUUUGAGUAAAAAAGUCAACGAAAGGGGAACAUUCACAAUGAGCGGAGUGAGGGGAACACACGAUUAUUUCGCACCGGAAAUAUUGAAAUUACUGGACGACGAUCAGAUCGCUACUGAUAAUGAAGAUAAGAAGAGAGGAACAGUCCAGAGCGAUGUAUUCGCAGAAGGACUCGUCUUUGGCUAUUUCCUUUCGAGAGGAGUUCAUCCCUUUGGCACCACAAGUCAUCAAAUUCAAAACAAUUUACGAACAAAUGAACCAGCCAAUCUUCCCAGUAAGUCGAGUGAAAGCUUAUUACAAAAACUUUCCGGUAUAGAAACGACCAACAUUCAGAAUACAAUCACAAGAAUGUUAGAAAAAGACCCAAACAAUCGAAUUACUUCGUCUGAUGUCGUUAAUCGACUCACCGAAAUUAUCCUGAAGAAUUCACAGCAGUUGUUCACUUUAAUUGCAAAGGGGAACCCAAUCGUGGAAGAAAUCGAAAAACUGAUUCAAGAAGGUUUGGAUGUCAAUGCCAAAGAUGAAAAAGGAUUGACACCGCUUUUACACUUAGUAAAAAGCGAAAAGAUAAGUGAAAAUUUGGUAAAAAUAUUUAUUCUCUUGAUCCAACACGGAGCAAACGUCAAUUCACUGGACAGCAACGGCGAAAAUGCUCUCCUUUUGUGGUGCAAAAAUCGCGAACAAUAUCAAAACAAAAGCUUUUUGACAAUACUCAAUCUAUUUGUUAAAAAUGGGAUCGAUAUCAAUUGCAAAGACAAAUACGAAAAUAAUGUUCUCAUUUUAUUGUGCAGAUCUUAUAGAAUCGGAAAUCUAAUCGACAUUAUUCGACUUUUGAUUAAAAAUGGGAUCGAUGUCAAUGGCAAAAACAUAUACAGAAAUAAUGCUCUCACUAUACUUGGAUUCAAAGUGACUAAAGAAACGCGUGACUAUUUCCAGAGAAAUUAUGAAGAAAAAAAUCGCGAUGAAAUCUUGCAAUUACUUCAUGUUUAA